GGUAUCUUCCAAGUAAGAGGUGUCGUGCGGUCCUGCCCAGCAGUGUCCCAAAGAUGUCUCUUGCCAGAGUUCUGGUGGCGAUGGCGGUGCUGGGGCUGACCUUGGGUGCCCCCAGCCCGAGCGUCCUCGCCCAGAGCUUCGCAGGAGGAAGUGCCAGCGGUGCCAGUGCCGGAGGGAAUACGGGUGCCCACGGGACGUCGUCCUUCUCUGCUGGCGCUGUUGGGGGCUCGGGCGCUGUUGGAGGAUUCGGCGCAGGGUUCGGAGGAGGAGACUUGGCUUCUCUCCUGCCCUUCCUCGAGAGCGAUUUCGAUUUGUUCGAGGCGCCCGAGUUCGAUCUGGAGCCUGAGGACCUGCUCUUCAGCCAGCUUGCAGGCCUGGGAGGAGGACUCGGCCCGUUCGGUGGAGUGGGAGGGGGACUCGGCCCAUUCGGUGGAGUGGGAGGGGGACUCGGCCCAUUCGGUGGAGUGGGAGGGGGAGUCGGAGGAAGAACGGGAGGACCUAGCCAGCAAGGAGCAACGGCAGGAGGACGCGGCGGAAGAGCAGAGGGAGGACUCGGCCAGCAGGGAGCAACAACAGGAUUGAGCCAGCAGGGAGGAACAACAGGAUUGAGCCAGCAGGGAGGAACAGCAGGAUUGGGCCAGCAGAGAGCAACAGCAGGAUUCAACCAACAGGGAGCAAUGAGAGGGGCAUUUGGCCAGUUCGGAGGACUCGGCCCACUGGGCUCUGGAUUCUUCGAUGGCGAGGAUUUCCUGGACUACGAGGACCUUCUCUUGUCCUCCCUGUUCUGAGAAUCGCAGAAAAGGACGAGAUGGAAGCGAAGGGGAAUUGGCCAGGGCAGUCUUUAUGGCGAAGGAGGAGCUCCGGGGAACGAUCGCGAGAUGUGGAAAUCAUAUAUUCCCAACCUAAAGGGAAUUAUUUAUUAUUAAUGUACGGAGAGACUGAUUCAGCCUCUGCUCUCACUUGUUUAUGUCUCUGAUUCAAAGGAAAUAGACGUGUCCUUUUGAAUCAAAAAGAUGUAAACGUGUAAAUAAAUGACGAAUGUAA